CCGCGGUCACACUGGCCUGGUUACUUAAUAAAUAAAUAUUUUUAUUUAUUAUUUGAAAAUUGAAAUAAAACUGGGAUCCGGACACCAUGCGGCACGUGCAGUUCCUGGCCCGCACAGUGCUAGUGCAAAAUAACAAUGUGGAAGAGGCCUGUCGCCUGCUCAACCGCGUGCUUGGAAAGGAGGAGAUUCUGGACCAGUUUCGCCGCACGCGUUUUUAUGAGAAGCCGUUCCAGGUGCGUCGCCGCGUCAACUUCGAGAAGUGCAAAGCCCUCUACAAUGAAGACAUGAACCGCAAAAUACAGUUUGUGCUCCGCAAGAACCGUGUGGAACCAUUCCCGGGCUGCAGUUAGUUUCUUUCCCUUCCGUAGUGUAUUUAAUGCAAUAAAUCUAAGGAACAUUUGAUGGUAAA